AAUAUUAAUCGUUGCGAUCGCCGGUAUCGAAAUUAUUUCCGUUUUUAUUUUAUAAACAAUUUACAAACGCUAUUGAGAGCAAAAAUAUUAUUAAUAAAUGCAAUUAUAAUGAAAAUAAAUAACAAAACGAAUUACUAAUUUAUAUAAAUGUCGGUCGCUUGGCUUAUCAAUAAACCAUUGCCAUAAUAGACAUCGAAGCUUAAAACUCACCAAUUUGACAAAAUUACAGUAAGUCGAAUGAAAUGUAUAUAAAAUUUUAAAUAUAUAAUUUUAAAACUUUUGAAUACGUUUUUAUAUACAUUUUUAACAUUUUUAAUUCGGAUUUAAUAAAAAAGUUUUAAUUAAUUGUUGUUUCCAAUUUUUAACACCAGGUAGCAGCAAGAAGUAUUUGUCAUAUGUAAACAAAACAUGGGAGUUCGCGGACUUUCCUCCUUUUUCGAAAAGAAUUCUCAUUUAAGGAAAGAAUAUCAUUUACACGAUACUAAAGUCGUUUUUGACGGUAAUAAUUUAGUAUAUUGGCUCUAUAGAGAGAGUGCAGAGUUCAAAUAUGGAGGAGAUUACGAUAAAUUUUCCGUGGCUGUUUUUGAUUAUUUUGAUCAUUUCAAAACUUGCAAUAUUACUCCUUUAGUGUUAUUUGAUGGUGGAACAGAUUGUACGGAAUGGCAGUUUCUCAGAGCGCAAAGGCGAGCUGUGGACAGAUUAAAUUACUGCCACGAAAUAUGUCAGUAUGGAAAAACGUCCAAUUUCGUCUUACCCAUAUUGGUAUGGGAUGUUUUCAAAAGUGUUUUGAAUGAACUAGGAAUUAGGUAUGCCCAAUGUGAUUUUGGAGCCGACGAUCAAAUAACAGCGUUAGCAAACUAUUAUAAAUGUCCAGUGAUUAGUCAAGACAGUGAUUUUUAUAUUUUUAAUAUAGAAAAUGGAUAUAUUACAACCGGACUCAUCGACUUAAAUGUGAAAACGGAAACCAAAUCUAAAAACAGUUAUAAAUAUUUGAAAUGCGAAAUAUAUUAUAUAGAUGACUUUUUGGCUAAGACUGGGCUUAACAAAGAUACACUGCCUUUGUUUGGAACACUCAUGGGUAACGACGUUGCCCAAACUAAAGUAUUCGACAAUUUCUUUAAUAAAAUAUCUUAUUCAAAGAAGAAGAAACACGGAGCAACUAUACGUCACAAUAAAAUGAUUGGCCUUCUCAGAUGGAUGAAAAUGUAUUCGGUAGAUGAUGCGAUUCAACACGUGCUGAAUGCAUUACAUAAAGAUAAAAGAGAGGAAGCUAAAAGUAUUAUAGACGAAAGUUUAAAAGAAUAUAACAAAAGAGACAUUACUCUUACAAAAUAUUUAGAUAAUGCAGAAUGCGAAGACAAAUUAGACGAUUUCAGUUCGUUAAGUGUUAAGGGAAAGACAUUACCUCAUUGGUUUGUGAGAAAAUUUCGUGAAGCCCAGUUCGAAUCUAUUUUAAUGAAUAUUGUCGGGGUACACAGAAUUUUUCUUCCCGCACAAAUUGACGAUUUCAGUUGUCCAACAAGUUAUCAGUGCACGUCGUUAUUAAGGAAAAUUUUGUACGGGAUAUUUCUUCAACGAGAUGCGGCAAAAACUGUUAGAGAAUACGAUCGAUACGAAACUUGUCUUCGCAAAACUAAUAUUCAGCCAAUUGUUACGAUUCCGAGCUACGGAGACAUCCCUUAUUUAGAUAACAUACCAAAAAUGGACGUUAAUCAACGAAAGAAAUUUUUUUUAACUGUAAUUGGUGUAAAGGAGAAAUAUUUAGAAUGCUUCCCCGAAAAGUGGCACUUUAUAUUCCUUGUAGUAUUUUACUGGUUAAAUAAUUCGGCACCUUUAAUAACAGAAAAUUUUCUAAAUGCAUUUAUAGUCAUGUUAAUUUUUUAUUCUGUCUUAAAACCAAAGACGACGACAAAAGAUUACAAACCCAAAUCUCUAGAGAAAAAGCAAACUAAACUGAAUAUACAAGAACUGAUAGAGACAAUUUCUAAAGAAGAAGCCGAGAAAAUAUGGUUAAAUAUUAAGAAAUUUGUAAGACAACCAAUUCUUAACCAUGCUAACCCCAUAAAUAUAGGUAUUAUACAUAACUUCAGCCAAUUACAAAGUUCCUGUUUUUUUAUCUCUUUGUUUUGUAAGCUCUUUAGCAUAUAUUUACCAAAUCAGACUUUCAAAUGGUUAAGUGGAACAUUUAUUUAUAAUUUAACAAAAGAUUUAACAACAAGAAAAAAUAAAGAACUGUACAUAGAAGAAAUUCUCGGACGGAGUUCCGUAUCAAGCAUUUUAUUUAAUAAAAUAAAGCACUCGAUAAUGCUACAUGUCUCUUCCGAUCAUCUCUUAUCCGAUGAUACAAAAACAAAGAAGAAAAGCAAGACGAAAACUAAGAAAUCAAAACUUUCUGAAUGUAUAGAAGUCAAUGAAAGUAACUGCUCCGAAGUGGAAUUAUUAGAUAACAGAUUUAAAAAUCUUUUAAAUGAGGUAACCAAUAAAAUUUGAUUACUUUCUUACAUU